CCAUGGGCUUCUGCUUAUGGGGACCAAGUGGAUGGGAACGUCACUGCUAGAAGUGGGUCCAGGCAAAAGAAUCAAAUAACACAAGAGCGGGAAGGGACUCUGGAAAUCAGCCGGUGACCAAGUAUUAGUACUCAGCCCUCAGUUUACGGAGGCGGUGAGGCCUAGGGAUUUCCAAGACCUCCAAAAAACAGUCCACGCUAAAAGGCCUUCCUACCACCCAAAAUCAGUCUAUGCCUUUCCCUCCCUUUUCACUCUUCUUCUGUUGCUAUCCAUCCAGCCGCUUCUUCCUUUCCUUCAACAAACCCUUUUCGAAAUGGUGGUGAGCAAAACAGGCGUGGUCCAGCCUACCGCAAAUUUCCGUGGGAAGACGAUGCCUUCCCGACAGAUGACAACGGUUAAACCAAGGACCUGCUCCUUCUCCCUCGGCCCGCCACUGCCCGCCGCUCUUAGCGGCGGCGAAGGCCGGGGUGCGGUGGGGGUAGGGCGGCGCGUUCCUGGGGGAAAGCGGGGUGCGCAAGGGGGCGCCUGGGCCGGCCCGCGCACAGCUCGGCGGUCUCCUAGCGACCCGGGCGGCCGGGAAUACACAGCACGAAGGCCCGGCUGUCGUCCCGGCGCGGGGGAGACCAUGGCCGAGGCCGGGCGGCUGUGCGGGCCGGCGGCGCGGCCCCGGUACAAGGAGAGUCUACCUUCCAAGUGUUUCACAAAGCACAGGCACAAGCUGACGUGUCCCACCUCCCUGAACAGCCUGCGGUGGACGUUUGUGAAGAAGGGACUGGAUGACUUCAGGAGGGGCUGCCCGCCUUGCGAGGGUCUGCUCAUUCGGGGUCCUCAGGAGGCCUUUCUCCCGCAGAUCCGUCACACAGCUCCCCGACCUGCCCCAAGGAAGAGGCAACACAGGCGGCCCAAGGAAGCAGCCCUGUUUCCCAAGCUGUCACCAGCGACGCGGGCGCGGAAGGCAUUCCUGGCGGAUGUUGAAGCCCAGCUAACCCCGCACCCUUUGGCUCUCUACCCUAAUCUGGGGGAAGACAUGCCUGUCGAGCUCUUAUUAAAGGUGCUGGAAGUGCUGGAUCCCGACAGGAAACUGGAGGACACAUGGGCUUAUUGUCAGGGCGUCAGGAAAAGAAAAAAGGAACCAGCCAAACUUUUAAAAAAGCCUUCUACCCAAGUUGACCUGGGACUUCCCAAGAAGACUCCCGUGUCACAUCCAGGUCAAUGGCUUUAUGAAGAAAAGAAGCCAAGCAAAACAGAUUUGCUCCAUGAAGAUGGUCCUCUUUGUUAUGAAAAUGUGCGCAAAGGAGUUAGGGACUUCUGCAGCUGGGCUACUGCUUUUGGAAGUUCAAACAUUGAUGAAGAAUUCAUCCUGAAACAGUUUGACAUUGACUAUCAGAGCAAACCAAGCCAUGAUGUGCUCCACACGAUGAGACUCAACCAGACUCCUCUAGAGCUAAAGAAGAGAGUGGGGUCAAAGAAACUGCAGGAGCCACAGUUUUUCCAGAAACUAGACGACUAUGAGCAGAAACACCAGAAACCACAGAAUCCUCAUAAACCAAAGUGUGUGAAGAUGAGGUAUGGAGCAUGGUAUCUGAACACCAAGUUGUGGAAAAGGCAAAGAGCAGAUGAACCUUUGGUUGACCCCAAGGUCUCGUGUAAAGCUCAAGACGACAAUUUUAAAAAGGAGCUGCAGGAACAGGAGGAGUUACUUGCAGACCUUCAUGGAACCACUGCCUUUAAGGAUUUCAUUCUAAGCAGAGGCUACAGGAUGCCAAGUUUCCUUGAGAAGAUGUAUAUCAGGAAGGAACAUAAAUGUGAGUGUAAUAAGACUUCUGUAAAAUAACUCAAGCAUAGAAGAAUCUUGGGAAGAUGAUUAGACCAAUUGUAUUUACUACAUACUUGGCUAUUUCUCUGUCUCAUUUUAAACCUUAAAUAAAAUUUAUGAGUGUCUCAUGAACAUACAACUUUGACUUGGCAACAUCCAUAAAGUUCAUACUUAAUACUUAAAAACAUUUCACAAUGGCUGUCUGCUUCUGUUAAUCAAUAUCUUAUAUAUCCUAUCAGUGGUGAGAUCAAUAGUCACACAUAGUCUUCUCACACUUUUGUAGCAUUGUCAAUAUUACAUAGUUAUAUCAACUAUUUGUAAAAAAUAAAUAAAACCAUAAAUAAAAGCAGAAUUACUCUGGGGCACCUGACUGACUCUGUCGGUGGAGCAUGGGACUCUUGAUCUCAGAGUUGCAUGUUUGAGCCCCAUGUUGGGUAUAGAGAUUACUUAAAAAUAAAAUCCUAAAAAAAAAAAAAGGCAGAAUUACCCUAUUGCAUUUUCCCAUAGUAUUAUUUUCCCUGGUCUUGAGUGAACACCACCUUUAUUCUUUCUUUAGAAUAUUAUUUUCUUUAACUUUGAAUAAAGCUUACUCAAGUUUUUUCCCUUUUUAGGCAUGUUAGUCUUGAUAAUAAAUGUAUACCUAAAGAUAAGGUCAUAAGUCAUAAAGUUUAAUGGAAAUUCAAGAUGAUAUAUAUUUUUAAAUUAAUUUUCCAAAAAUUAUUUCUUGUUAAAAAGGUUAAUGUCCAUGUUAGGAAAAUCAGAAAAUAUAAACUAACAGAAUAUAGAAAUUGUGACUAAUUCCUACAGAAUCAGAAAUAACCACUCUUCACUCACUGGAAUACAUCCUUCUAGAUGUUUCUCUAUGAAACCCACUUUGUAAAAUUUAAUCAAAAAGGGAAUUUAUUAAAAGAAUGCUGAGUCCCAAAGUUUUGUGAGUGACUGCAUCUGUCUUCAAAUACAAAAUCUCUGGGUGAUGACCUUUCAUCCUCUGGGUCUGUCACAAUUUCAUCUCAGUAAUCUGCUGGACUGACUACAUAGCAGUUGUGCUGGAAACAAGUCUUUGCCAUGCCCUCUGUGGUGAUGGAGUACAUGAUAGAAGCAUGAACCCAGUAGUGUCAGCCCAUUCCUGUAAAAUUCGUUACUUAGUGAAAGCCAGUGUGGGGUGGAAUACCAUGGUGGUGAAAAAGCAUUCAGUAAAUCUAUGAAUGUUGGUGUGGCCAGAGGUUUGUUAAACAGGAACACAAAUCCAAAUCCAGAAAAAGUAGCUAUUCCAGUAAAACCACUUUUCUCAGAAUUCCUUGAUGUUUUCAACGCAUCGCACAUGCCCACUUUGUUCAUGAGAUCACUAGGCACCGUUGGAGUGCCUGGGGAAAGAUGUAGGCUGACAUGCUAAGGCUAGGUUAGCCUUUUUAUGUGAUU